AACUGCUACUGCUACUUCUACUACAUACUACACUACAAAUGAAAAGACCUUAAUAUUUCGGGGAGGACGCCGCUGAGCGGACGAAGCAUGGGAAAGCUAGCCGGUCAUUGUUCAAUGCCUGAGGCUUCUGAAAGGGCAAGGACUGACAUUCCCAUGCAUCGGACACUCCACUGAACAAGUAAGGAAGAAGACACGCCCUACUGUAGCAGUUGGUGGCCGUUGGUUUCUCUCUAGGGCACAUCGAUACCUAGAGCGUGUCCUGAUGUUAAAGCGAUUAUUCGAGAUUAGACAUUCAUCUUGGCUCUUCAGCAGCCGCGCAUGCCUGCCAUACAUCAUAAAAGAACAACCGCGCACCUCCACGCAACCGCGCACCUCCACGCAACCGCGCACCUCCACGCAACCGCGCACCUCCACGCAACCGCGCACCUCCACGCAACCGCGCACCUCCACGCAGCCGCGCACCUCCACGCAACCGCGCGCCUCCACGCAGCCGCGCGCCAUAGAUAUAACUGUUCACCACACAACCGCGCACCCCGCGCCUCGUCUGUAGGUAGCGAGUGACACGCACGCACCACCAUGGGCGGGGGGCAACCUUGAGACAACUUAGAGGCUUACAAUACACACAGGCACCCCAGCUGGAGCUGGACCCGCUACGCAGUAACGUGACCUGGGCCGCGCCUCUGUGAAGGUGGCCUGGCUUCAUUGAACAACGGCGAGCAGAGAGGGCCGUCUGGGUUUACCGCAAAUUUACUCGAGACUGAGACGAACCCCGAGCCGUGCCUCUCCGUAGAUCGGCUCGCAAUCUGUGCCGGCCUUACGCUUGCGGGUGUGUGACAUCUGGCGCCAUAUGCGCCGACUAGACCCAAGAUCUUCCGGGAGGGUGUGUACCUGCAGCUUCGUCGACGUGCCGCCCAUAUGCGUCCUCGUUCGAGAUAUGUACUUACAUCAUAGACACACUUGAUUCGACUUACUGCAUUAUUCUACGCAAUUCAAACGCCUCAGUAUAUAACUUACUGUACUCACUACUUAGUUCUUUCUGGCGUCGUCAAUACUAUACAUCGUUCUUUUUUAGUACUAGGAUUCUCUAUUUUUUGAAGUUGUCGGUCUACGACUACUAUGAUGACCACGUUCUUAUCGGUGGAAAAAAGAAUAUACACUAGCAAAUGCUGUAGUAACCGCCGGCAGGGAAAAAGAAAAUGAAAAUCAAUGUUGAGUCGGAGGGAUUAUAUUUUAUGGAUUGGCGGUUCUCACGUUGCAAGGGUACUAGAGCUUUGGGCGAACACUAGAAGUUAAGUGGAUUAUUACAUGGGUGUGGCAGCAGCUCAUCGGCGGUAUACCGUAGGACAAUGAUGGGACUCUAAAUUUUCAAUUUGAGGUGGCUCAGAAGUGGGCGCUUAGAUAUAGUCGCGUCGUUGUAACCUGCAGCUUGUGCUGCUGCUAGAUUUACUCAGAAAUACUUACCAUUUUAUUUACCUUUAUUUUUACUACUUACAUAUGCUCUAAUAUUAUUUGAGCUCUAGUUUACGACCAUGAAUCAUGACUAUGAAGAACAUCAUAUCGUUUGUCAUCAUGAUAUCACGCAGUCAGAAGCCUUGCAGCUGAACUCUGCACGUACCCGUAGUCGCUGAUGGGAGCUAAAAUGCGCCCGAGGACAACUUGCGCUCCGCGAGCAGGUAAAUGUGACUUUGAAACAAGUCAAAGUUGCCAUUAGGAGUUAUUUUCCAAGCAAAAUUAUGUUGAAAUAGACCCAUAAUCGACCCUUGAUAAUUGAGGAACCCGACCCCCUUCUCUUGUCGCAGUUUACUAUCCCUACCACUAUGAAUAUUCAACAUUUCCAAAGUGGAAGAACUACACUACUAAGUAGUACAAAAGAAAUAAAAAUAUUAUAAAUGAUCGCGUCAGACGAAGAUGUUAAUAUCGUGUUGCCAUCAUCCUCGGAGUCGAGUCAGGUGCCGGGCGGACUCGUUGUGCAGGA